AGGGACUCGUUAGGAGCCAGGCACGCCAAAGGUGGGAGGAUUUUCUCAGUGAACAAGGGGAGCAGCCACUUGCCUUGCCAUGCUGAGAAGGGGAGAGUGUGGUUUAGAAACAACAUUCACCGGUGUGAUGCAGGGAGGGAUGUACAUGGUCACCAGGAUCCCAGACCCCACUCUCCCAGGAAUCUGAGGCGCCAAGGGCACAGCCCUGUUCCCCUGGCUGACUCGAAUCCCUGGGUCUGUAGUUGCCAGCAAUUUCUGUUUUCUUCCCAAGACGAGGAUCGUUUUGCACCCAGGGCAAGCUACAAGGAGGUCCAACUUCACUCACAGGCCCUCAACAUCUUCUCUAUGAGGAAAACAGAGGUGGGCAAGACCCAGGCUUGCCCUGGCUUGGGAAGCUUCCUCUCCAAUAGGGAUGAAGCAAAAACACUCAGAUCACAGCCACAAGGCAGGGAGAGCAGGGUGACUAGGAAGGGGCUGUCUGAUGCUGUGAAUGCCCCUUUGGACCCCCAAAGCAGUUUCUCAUUCAUUCAGCAAACCUUCACCAAGCACCCACCUUGUGCCAGAUCUGUGCAAAGACAUGGAACUGAACCAGAAGUGAGUAAGGCAAACUCCCUCAGGGAGUUUACGUUGUGCUCAGGAAAGUCAAGCAUUCAGGAGUGCAUUACUUAUUUGAUCACUACUGUGAUUAGUGCUAUAGUCAUUGUAUUUUUCUCUCUCCUCCAGCUGGGCUCACAUACUCUUGUUAAGUGGCCUUGCCUGUUGAGUGCCUACCAUGUGCUUAGGACUCUGCUAGGUGUCCUAGGGGAGGGUGUAUUACCCUGUUUAAGGCUCAUAACACCCCAGAUAGACAAUGGUAUUAACUGCACUUUACAGAUGAGGAAACUGAGACUCGGAAACAUUACAUAUCUUGCCCAACAUCACACCAUCAGUAGCUAUGUGACUUGGACAAGUGACUUAUUCUGCUCUUGCCUCUAUUUCUCCCUCUGGAAUAUGGGUAAGAUAAUAGUACUACCUGCUAGAGUUAUGAGGGUCUUAGGAGGUGGCACCUGUAAAGCACUCAGUCAGUGCCCGGCACACACUUAAUAAGGGUUAACAACUAUCAUGAGACCUGGGAGAGGAGGGCUCACCAUCCAUACGGAAGUAAGGAAGACUCACACCCCAGUAAGCUGGCUCCAGAACUCAGGGGCUUACCUGUGUUCUCUGAUGCCCCAACUCGGGAUUUAGUUGUAGCUAUGGACCUGGUGGGCAACCAGGAGGGGAUUUUAAUCUGUUCCUUGCAUCAGAAGGUCCAAUAGGCAGGGUUAGUGUAAUGGGAGAUGCCAUGGUAGGGCUAGCAAGGAGAAGAAGCCACGUGUACUUUGGUCUGAUGAAAGGCAGCAGUGAUCUGUCACCGACCAAAAUGGUCCCCCAACUAUGCAUUAUGGAGCAGCAACCCACAUACAGAACUCAAGAAGCCACGGCCUGGAGACUGCACCUGGACACGAAAGACUGGAGAGAGGAGUUGGUGGGGAAACCCCAGAGUCCUCAGGGUGCCACUCCCCAGCUCCACCAGACAACUUUGGGAAUGAGCUGCUGCCCCUGAGUGGCCCUCUCCAGGGUUGUAGUGAGGGUCUCUCCCCUCCAGGGAGGAGCAAACUCUUGCCAACUGGGGUCCUGAGAGAGGGGGCAGUUCAAUUCCUCCACAGGGGACUCUGCAACUAAGAUCUUUGGAGUGAAGCGUCUGCGAGCCUCUCAGGGACCCGGGAUGACCUGCACAGCAGCUGAAGGAAGACAGGCCAGACCAGGUGGGGGGCAGCCAGGAAACAUCUGGCUUGUAGUUUCAGAUUCUACCUGUUCACAGUUCACACAGUCUCCCGGUGAAACUCACACCUUGCCCUACGCCAAGUUUUUAAGACAGUCAAGCUCUGCCCAUCCGAGCCUUCAUUUUUCUUGAGUAGAAAAUUACUGAAAUCAUCAGAUCCAUGGCACCCACCCUCACUUUCUCCUAACAGCUGAAACUGUCAGGCUGGCUUCAGGGCCUGGUCUUCGCACUUGAUGUCACUAUCCUUCACCUGCUCAGACAGCCGGAGCAGGCGGGCGAGUUCCUCCCAACAACCUCCACUGCAUUCUCUCAGCUCCCACUGCAGGGCAGCCCACGUGUCUGAGUGAACAUGUGUGCAUGUGCACACACACAGAAUGUGAAUCUUCCCAAGCUGUCCGUGAGAGACACCGCCUCCCCUCGAGGGAAACAUGCAAAUGCUCCAUAAACAGCCACAGUGUGGGGCUCUGCCGUAAGGAAGUCACAGCAGACACGCUAGACGGCAUAGUCCUGGCUACAGCCUGGAGGAAGGGAGGCCCGUGGUGGAGCACUCACUCCGUGCUUGUCUGCCCAGUGAGACCUCAAUUUCCUUGAAGACAAAGGUCAUGGGUUGACUCUUGUGUUCCUGGUGGCCUUCACAGAGCUGAACAGAGGACAGACGCACAGACAGGUGAGGCUCUGGUGGUCAAGGCAGCAGUAUCCUUAGAUGCUAAAGUCUGAGCCAGGCCCCUUAGGCCCAGCAUGGGCAGGGCAAGGCCCAUAGUGGUGGGAAGCCAGUUGGCCAGCUGGGGUGAGAAGACCACGAAGCCAUGGGCAGAUAGGAAGUAGAGGUGAAUGUCUCUGCCUCCUGUAGGCCUCUGCCGGGACAGCACAGACCCUCUAGCCGGGACAGCACAGACCCUCUAGCUGGGGCAGAACAAGGCUGGUGCUUCCUUCUAGUCCUUGAGCCUGUAUAGCUCAAACUCAAGCAGAACCCUGGGGUUUUGGGAUUCUGUGUGGUGACGCUGAGGAAGGUUUAUGGAUUUGACAGGGUGCAUGUCAGAGAGACAGUUCUCAGUCAGCACUUCCUGUCCCCUGCAGAGACUCAUAGGGGACAGCCCCUGCCAAGGAGACCCUGGAGGGACUUUGAGGAUAGCAAUCAGAGGUUGGGCUGGCUGGACUGAGCCUGGGCCUGUUGUCCACCAAGUCUCCAUAGGCUCUAGCCUGACCCCUCCCUCCACCCCUGGGCUAUGCAGGCCAGCCUGUGCAGAACACCCCUGAUGCGUCCACUAGCAACAUCCGCCUCACUGUGCCAACACUCCAUCCACACAGGAAAGGGCCGAGAAGGCAAUGCUUAACCCAAAGGAGUGAGUUUCACAGGAGGAGUGGCUUCAACAGUUUCACUGCAGGACAUUGAGGGAAUAUUUCCCUAUCCCUUCAAAUGGACGGUCACUACAGAAACGUGUAGAGCAAGACUUUGUCAAGAGGUUGUUUCCAGGUCUCCCGGCGUCUAAAUAGCAGAGUUGGGAUGGGAACUGAGAACUGAUUCUUUCCACAACCGCCCACUGAGUAGCAAGGCUGCAGCCAGCAAAGAGGUGUGCAGAAGCAAGCAAGCUCCGUGUGGUGGGGACAGCACAUCGCCACCUCCACCGCCCCCUGCAACGGGCUGCCAGCUGGGCCACCUGCCUUCCACUGUAUCUACUGUGUGAGCUUCUCCAGCUCUGCUCUGUUUUCUCUUCCUCAGCAUCCACCCCGUGACACGUAGUGGUGGCUGAUGUCGCCACAGUACCAUGAGGUUAACAGCUCCUCCCUCCAGCUUCCUUCAUUGUGGCAGCCUCACCUGCAUUUCAGCCAUUUGCUGGACACCGCACCAGACCCUCAAAGCCCAUCCAAGACUGUGGGGAGUAGUAAACAACCCAGCCCAGUUAAGAGGAGAUGCCGAAUUUAAUGAACUCUAUUUGAAUUGCAGGGCUGUGAUUCCUCUUACCUUUAACGUGAACUCACAGGCAGAUUAAAGUGAAAUAAAACCUACC